GGAAAAUCAGCUGCUGUGAGUGAAGUGGAUCCGGUGAGCUGGGGGCUGUGAGCAGGGCAGUGUCACCGCUACCGGCUGAUAAGGAGAUUUUUUGCGCUUUUGUGGUGUCUACUUGUGGAAUAUAUAUUGCUCUUUUUUGGAUGCUGAUUACAGACCGGCUCUGACGCCACAGCUGCAGGUCUCCGCCUCGAUUUUCACAUUUCGUUCCCCUCAGUGACUGAAACCUACAUACAAGCUACAGUUGCUGUGUGAUUGGAACUACAGUUUUUGAACUGCACAAAAACUUGACACAAUGACAAAGUACUGCACACGGGUAAGAAGACGUCGCAUCUAUGUAUGGACCGGACGGCCUUUACUUAAGGACAGGAAAAUGCUGAGUUUUAGUUACGGGGGACUUAUUAUGAAGUCAGCAGGCAGCGAUGUGGAAGUUCAGAUAACUCCAGGAGAUUUUAUUUUGAUAGAGGGGGAGGAUGAGGACAGGCCCUUUGUGGCAAGGCUCGUAGCACUGUAUGAUGAUGGCACUGAUAAGGAUGUCAGUAAACAUGCAAUUGUGCAGUGGUUUGUAAGAUAUGAAGAGAUUCCCUUUAAGAAAAGGAAACUACUAGGGCGAGAACCACACCCUCAGGAGAUCUUCUUCUAUGAUGUUAAAUCCUGCGAGAAUGAUAUUGAUGCAGAGACUAUUAUUGGUACUGUUCAGGUAAUGCAGUUGACUGAGAGAGACGUUUUCCAUAUGCAGAAGAACUCUGCAGAUGUUCUCUUUGUGAAACUGGCCUGGAAUGGGAAGGCUUUCAAGCCCUUAGCCUCCUGUGUCUUGCGAGGAGGUAAUGGCACAAAGAGUAAUGGCCUUGUGCCCCCUAACUCCCUGCCACAGCCAAACUUCUAUCCAGCUGAGGCAGAUACUGCUGAGAACAGAUUAGCCACCCGGAGCGCUACCAAGGCACAGAGGCCCGAAAAUGAAAUAGAAUCCAGACAUUCAGCUUCCAAGAGUUCCCAUUCCAAAGCAAGAGGAGAUAUUAGUGUCUCUAGUGGAAGCAACACUCCCUCAGCCAGGAAGAAGCUGCAGCUGAAUAGUCCACCAAAGUGUGGAAAGCCCAUUUCUACACAGCAGGAUCUUCUUGAUCAGCUGAUGGAUGAAGACUUCAAAGUCCUUGAAGUCACUGCUCCUAAACGAAAAGUGGCCUUCUGUGGGCUUCUGGGCUCUCCUCCCAAGAAGUCUCUAAGUGAACUAGAGGAAGCAAUGGGUAUGCACGCUGUGACCCUGAAGCCCUUGCAGAAUGGAACAGGGGCCAAAACCAAAUUGAGACUCACUCCUUAUAGACGAUUGCAGCAAACGGAUGGGCGACAGAAUGAGGAUCAAAGCUUGAUAAAGAAUACUAGGAGCAAAGCUACAGAUGAAGCUGACAAGUCAACUAAAUUGAAGGUUAAAACUCCCCAGAAGCUGGAAGCCACACCCAAGAGAAACACCUCUCAGUCACACAGAAGAUCCCAUGAUUCACAGGAUGAGACUGAACCAAGACCCCCUCGUUCCCGCAGGAGAUCUGCCCAGGAAUCGGCCAGUAAAUUUCGCAAGCAACUUCAGGUUUUACAAAAUAGUGACAUAUCUGAAGGCGAGGAUGAGGAUGAUUUUGUACCUCUGAAGGACUCAAGUGUAUUCAGCAGCAGCGAGGAGGAGAGUGAAGAGGCAAAGCCUCAAAGGAAAGCAGAGAAAAAAGGUGGCACUGCACCUAGAACUCCUACUUCCUCCAAGAAUGUCUCAUCACGGACCCCCAGCAAAACUUCCGUCUCCAGAACUCCCCGUUUGGCAACCCCAAGAAUCCCAGAGCGGAACCAGCCCGUAAGAAAGCCAGGCAAUGUGUUAGAGGAGGCACGGAUCAGGCUGCAUGUCUCCGCUGUACCAGAGUCACUGCCCUGCAGGGAACAGGAGUUUCAGGAUAUUUAUAACUUUGUGGAAAGCAAAUUAUUGGAUGCCACUGGAGGUUGCAUGUACAUCUCAGGAGUACCGGGCACGGGAAAGACUGCAACUGUACAUGAAGUGAUUCGCUCUUUAGAGCGAGCUGUGGAGGAGGAAGAGCUCCCCUCCUUCCAUUACAUUGAGAUUAAUGGGAUGAAGCUGACGGAUCCUCACCAGGCCUACGUGCAGAUCCUGAAGCUUCUAACUGGUCAGAAGGCCACAGCAGAUCAUGCAGCCACACUGCUGGAUAAACGGUUUAACACCCCUGCUCCAAAGAGAGAGACCACUGUACUGUUGGUGGAUGAGUUAGACCUGCUGUGGACCCGAAAGCAAAAUGUCAUGUACAACUUGUUUGACUGGCCCACUAGGAAACAAGCUAAAUUGAUUGUCCUAGCAAUUGCUAACACCAUGGACCUGCCGGAAAGGAUUAUGAUGAACAGAGUGGCCAGUAGACUGGGGCUUACCAGAAUGUCAUUCCAGCCUUACACUCACAAACAGCUGCAGCAGAUCAUAACAUCUCGACUAAAUCAUGUAAAGGCGUUUGAUGAUGAUGCCAUCCAGUUAGUCUCAAGAAAGGUGGCUGCAUUGUCAGGGGACGCACGGCGCUGCCUUGAUAUUUGUCGCAGGGCAACCGAGAUCUGUGAAUUCUCCUCCAAGGAAAAAGAAUUCAGCCUGGUGAAGAUGCCACAUGUUAUCGAUGCUUUGGAAGAAAUGUUCUCCUCUCCCUAUGUCCUUGCAAUCAGGAGUUCAUCAGUGCUGGAGCAAGCCUUUCUGAAAGCUGUGAUUGCUGAGUUCCGCAGGUCUGGAUUAGAGGAGGCAACUUUUCAACAGGUGUAUCGUCAGCAUAUUGCACUGUGCAGGAUUGAGGGAUUGCAGCCUCCUUCUAUGUCAGAAACCAUGGCUGUGUGUCUGCGUCUUGGAGCUUCACGACUUCUCUUAGUGGAGUCCAGCAGAAAUGACCUCCACCUGAGAGUGAGAAUCAACGUCAGCCAGGAUGAUAUCAUGUACGCACUUAAAGGGGACUGAAGUGACCUGCACUUGUAACGCCUCCCUGACGGAAUCACUAGCAUGUUGCAGUGGUUUUUACGUGUCGUUUUAAUUAACUUAUAAGAAAGUUUUGUUUUAAAACACUUAGUGACCGAUGAUGUCACUCACAGAUGGAUAACGGAGAUGGGUGCACAUUCUUAUCCUUCACUAAACCCAGAGAGAACGCUAAGUUGGAAAUUUAAAAUAUUUUAACUGCAACAAAUAUAUUUUAUUACAUUUAAUUUAUAAUAAAGACUUGUGUAUUUUGUUUCAA